ACUGGGAUGAGUGUGUGGACAGCUCAGAGCACGACUGCUCCCCAGCCGCCCGCUGCAUCAACCUCGAGGGCUCCUACACCUGCCAGUGCCGCACAGCCAGGGACGCCAACCCCUCCCGGGCAGGCCGGGCCUGUCAGGGCAACAUGGUGAGUCCCACAGGAGAUGUGCUGUCUGCGGUGACAGGGGCGACAGUCCCAGCUCUCAGAACAGAGACCCCCACCUUGUCACCCAGCCCCGGGCAUCCAUGGAGCUCUCCAGCAGCAGGCCAGGCCUGGUCCCCAGGGCCUCCGCCCAGGAGAGGGGGCAGUGUCAUGGUUGGGCACGACAGGAACAGCACAGGGCAAGGUGUGGAGGAGGAGGCACCCAGCACCAUCUCAGGCCUAGGGACUGGCUGGGGGACCACCAGCGGGGUGGCCAGCACCACCUUCUCCCCCAGGGCUCCCAGGCCAACCCAUGGCUCCCCUCCAGGGGUCACAGACAGCCUGCUGGCCCUCCCUGGACAGUCACCGAGAAACUCCACCACAGAGACACUCUCUCAGCCUGUCCCUGCUGAGGGCCCCAUGGGCCACAUUGUGUGGCACGCCAGCCUCCCCACGCAGGAAAUGUCUCUGAACCCCAUGCGGCUGUGGAAUGAGGACCCUGGGCCCUCCCACUCCCCGGACCUGCCAAUGACCCCCACCUCCACAUCUCUGAUGACCCCCGCCUGUG